CGAUGACAUAAGCGUUGCAUUCAUUGCAGUAUUGACUCAAUUGUCGUCAAAAAAAAUCAAUAAAACUCUCAUUCAAUUGAAUCGCCAUUUAGUGAGCAGUUGUCUCACAGUUGGGCACAAGACAUACAUCUGUUGCAGUGGUUGAGGACUACACACCACUGUCUCACACCCACCACCACCGCCACCCCUAUCACCGACCAGUGGGUGCAUCACCGCCGCCACAAUGGGUACACUAUUCCGGUCGGAAGCCAUGUCUUUGUGUCAGCUGUUCCUGCAGUCAGAGGCCGCCUAUAACUGUGUCUCCGAGUUGGGCGAAACCGGGUUGACUCAGUUUAGAGAUUUGAAUCCAGACGUCAAUGCAUUUCAGCGGAAGUUUGUGAACGAAGUCCGCCGUUGCGAUGAAAUGGAGAGAAAACUCAGAUAUCUGGAAAAGGAGAUCAAACGCGACGGCAUUCCUAUGCUGGACAUCGGCGACAAUCCAGAGGCACCGCAACCGCGAGAGAUGAUUGAUCUCGAAGCCACGUUUGAGAAACUGGAGAAUGAGUUGAAGGAAGUGAACACUAAUGCCGAGGCACUCAAGAAGACAUACUUAGAGUUGUCUGAAUUGCGACACAUCUUGAAAAAGACUCAACAGUUCUUCGAUGAGGUCGGUCCCAUACCGAUACAGAUGCAAGACUCCGGUAUGCAGGACGAGAACAUACAGCUCUUGGGGGACGAGGGUCUACGGGCUGGCGGUCAACAGGCCAUGAAAUUGGGAUUCGUGGCCGGAGUUAUACUACGGGAACGGUUGCCGUCGUUUGAGCGCAUGCUUUGGCGCGUCUGCAGAGGGAAUGUCUUCUUAAGACAGGCGGAGAUCGAGACGCCUCUGGAGGACCCGCACACCGGAGACAAUGUCUAUAAGUCUGUGUUCAUUAUCUUCUUCCAAGGGGAACAACUCAAGUCCAGAGUCAAGAAGAUAUGCGAGGGAUUUCGGGCCACUCUAUACCCCUGUCCCGAGACUCCGUCGGACAGACGCGAAAUGAUUGGUGGAGUGGUGUCUCGGAUCGAGGACUUGAAUACAGUGCUGUCGCAGACCACAGAGCAUAGGCACCGGGUGUUGGUGGCGGCCGCUAAGAAUAUCAAGAACUGGUUCGUCAAAGUGCGCAAAAUUAAGGCCAUUUACCACACCCUCAAUAUGUUUAAUCUGGACGUCACUCAGAAGUGUCUGAUCGCCGAGUGCUGGUCAGCAGUGGAUGACUUGGAACGCAUCCAAAUGGCUCUGAGGAGAGGCACUGAGCGCAGCGGCUCUACUGUGCCCUCUAUUCUCAAUCGGAUGGACACCCAUGAGGUGCCCCCGACUUAUAACCGCACUAAUAAAGUGACCCGUGGCUUCCAGAACAUAGUGGACGCGUACGGUGUGGCCACGUAUCGGGAGGUGAAUCCGGCGCCGUUCACGUUAAUCACAUUCCCGUUCCUGUUUGCGGUGAUGUUUGGCGACGCCGGACACGGGAUUAUAAUGGCUUUGUUCGGGCUGUGGAUGGUUCUGAAGGAACGUAAUCUCAUUCAACAGAAGUCCACAAACGAGAUAUGGUUGACAUUCUUCAACGGCCGAUACAUUAUACUACUGAUGGGCUGCUUCUCCAUCUACACGGGACUCAUAUAUAACGACAUAUUCUCGAAGGCGCUCAACAUAUUCGGGUCGUCGUGGAAGGCCUACAAGCCGUACCGCAACCAAUACAAUCACAGCCAUUACGUACUCAACCCCCAGACCCAGUACGACGGGGGGCCCUAUUUCUUUGGUAUCGACCCGGUAUGGCAGGUGUCGGACAAUAAGAUCCUGUUCCUGAACUCAUACAAAAUGAAACUGUCGGUCAUACUAGGCGUCGGACAAAUGUUUUUCGGUGUAAUGUUGAGUCUAUGGAACCAUAAAUAUUUCCAGAACCGGCUGAACAUAAUGUGCGAAUUCAUACCGCAAAUGAUAUUCUUGAUGUCGAUCUUCGGUUACAUGAAUCUCAUGAUAUUUGCGAAAUGGUUUAAAUACGACUCCACCCGAAGUGGUUGCGCGCCAUCCAUACUAAUAAAUCUCAUUAAUAUGUUUCUAUACAAAUACGUGGCCGACGACGACACGAGCGCCGCCUGUUAUCUCAAGGACUGGUACGCCGGGCAGAAGUUCUUCCAGACAAUACUGUUGUUGUCGGCGCUCUCAUGCAUACCAUGGAUGCUGUUCGUCAAGCCAUACAUCCUUAAGAAGCAGCACGAGUUGAGAGAGCGCUUCCACCCGCGCAAUGAGGUGCUCGUGGACGGGGAGGCUGUGGGCGACACCAGUAUUACCAUUGAGCCGGCGAGUCAUGGCGGCGGCGAUCACGGCUCCGGUACCUUCGAUAUGCAGGAGAUCUUCAUACAUCAAGCCAUUCAUACGAUUGAGUACUGUUUGGGCUCCAUAUCCCAUACGGCCAGUUACCUGCGUCUAUGGGCUCUCAGCUUAGCUCACGCACAGCUGUCGGAGGUGUUGUGGUCGAUGGUUAUGACGAUCGGUCUGAACGGCACCGGCAUUUCCGGUGGUAUUUUAAUGUAUAUCGUAUUUGGCUUUUGGGCCGGACUUACGGUCAGCGUUCUGUUGGUUAUGGAGGGGUUGAGCGCUUUUCUUCACGCCCUUCGACUGCACUGGGUCGAGUUUCAGAGCAAGUUCUACAGCGGGUCGGGCUAUUCGUUUCAGCCCUUCUCCUUCGAGGUAAUACUGGAACAGUCGGCCGCCGAGUCCGCCACUGACGCCACGGCUUAACCAUUCAGUGUUGUAUCCGUUGAUCUAAUUGUGGUUUACUUUUAAUUAAAUUAACAUAAUUAUUGCAUUUUAUCGCAACAUUUUAAGAGUAUAUAAGAAACGC